AUGACUAUCAAUCAUACUGGACCUUGCAAGAUUACAAGUACCAAAAUUAUUCAAAAAGUUCCUGCCAGAGAAUACCUCAAUUACCAACACUUGACGCCCAACAUGGGGCUUGAAUUGAAAAAAGAUCUGGACACUCAAGGACUGGCAGUAAAGUACAAUUGGAAGCUGCGCCUCUGUCUGGAGAGGUGCUGUGACCUCCUGAUUCAUCUGAAUUGCCUAUUCUUUGUACAUCGAUUGGCAGAGGAGUCCAAGACAAAUGCUUGUGAAAGUAAAUGUGGAGUUAUCAAAAAGGAUCAUGUAUGGGCUGCCGCAAAGGUAAUUCUGAAGAAGAGCAGAGAUUAG